AUGGCACCCCAGCCGGAGGAGGCGCCCAAGCCUUCGCCGGGGGAGUCUCGCGAGUGGACGCUGCGGUUCAUCCAGGCCCUGGGAGUGGACGCGUCCCUCCCGGCGUCGGCGGAGCGUCCCGACGCCUACUCCGCCCUCGUCCGCGCGCUCCUGUCCUCCGCCACCGUCUCCUCCUCCCCCGCGCCGCGCGUCUCCUGCACCCUCACCGUCUCAUCCGCCGCAACUAACGCCUACAACACGCUCCACGGCGGCGCGGUGGCGGCCGUCGCGGAGGCCGUCGGGAUGGCGUGCGCGCGUGCUGCGGCGGGGGAUAAGGAGAUGUUCCUCGGCGAGCUCAGCACAGCGUAUCUCUCAGCCGCCCGCCUCGAUUCUGAAGUGGAAGUAGAAGCGCAGAUACUGAGGAAGGGCAGAUCUGUUGUGGUUACUACAGUUGAGUUUCGGCUCAAGGACAGCAAGAAGCUCUGCUACACAUCUCGAGCCACCUUCUACAUCAUGCCUGUGGCAAGCCUGUAA